AUGUCACUUAAUAAGCUCGUUGGUGGUGAUUGUGGGGGCAACAACUCUUUAGUCCAAUUAUCAAAUAUUGUGCGUCGCGAUGCGGUUGUUCCCCCGCCACUAUCAGAUUCCGACAGAUUUGUCCAAGAAUUUAUUGGCCAAAACUCCCAGAUUCCACAAACAUUCAACAUGAACGCGUUACUUAACAAUCUACCAACGUCCAGUGCACAGAAGAGUACUACUACUCCUAUCAGAUCUCAAAUGUCUGAUCCAAGUGUUCAUAUGAACAGACAGUGGGCUGCUGGACCAUCUACUUCAUUUAUUCCACAACAACCCAUGAUGGCAGGAUAUUUCAGACCACAGCAACCUAUUUUACAUUCCUAUCCAAAAUCAAAUGUUCAAAUAGAAUAUGUAAAUGAGGCAGACCUGAACGUAACUACAAAUGCUGAUGUGAAAGCUAAAGCUGAAGAAUAUGUCAAUAGCUUUAAAGAUGAUGAUGAUCUUGCUUAUAAUCAAUUUAUGAGUUUUAUGAAAAAAAUCAGUGCAGGCGAACUGACUCAUUUAGAUGAUGCUAAUGAAAAUACAAUACAUAAAAAUAUGAGUAGAGAAGAGAUUUUAGAUGAAAUGGCUGUGAAAUAUAAAGAAGAGUGGGAUAAACUCAGCAAUGUCACUGACUACUGGGAUACAGAAGCAGCAAACGGCAUUUCUAAUGAAUAUACAUUCACCGAGGGCAAUGUUAUGUUGGAAAAUAGAAGUGCUCUUGAACUGGGAAAAGAGAGGCUAAAGAUGGGUGAUGUACCUGGUGCAGUGUUAUGUUUUGAAGCAGCUGCACAACAACACCCAGAUUCUGCUGAAGCCUGGUUCCUUCUAGGAAGUACUCAAGCUGAAAAUGAGCAAGAUCCCUUGGCAAUUACUGCUUUAAAAAAGUCUCUAGCAAUUGAUCCAACACAGUUAGAAGGUUACAUUACAUUAGCUGCAGCAUAUACAAAUGAGAAUAUGUCUAAAUAUGCAUACAUUUCUUUAUUAGACUGGUUAAGAGCCAGUCCUAAGUAUAAUGAUUUAUUUCCUCAAGAUGUAGACCUUAAGAAUCUCGAUGUUAAAGAAUUAGAGAUUCAUGUUAAGACUUUAUAUUUAAGAGCUGUACAUCUAAACCCCAAUCAAAUUGACCCUGAUGUUCAAAAUGCUCUGGGAGUUGUUUUCAACAUAAGUCAAGAAUAUGACAAAGCAGUGGAUUGUUUCAAGACUGCUUUGAUGGUGGCAGAUAACAAUGCAAAGCUUUGGAAUCGAUUGGGAGCUACAUUGGCUAAUAGUGACAAAUCCGAACAAGCUGUGGAAGCAUAUCAUCAAGCUUUGAAUUUAGAACCAGGAUUUAUAAGAGCCAGAUACAAUGUUGGCAUCACAUGUAUGAACUUAGGGGCACACAGGCAGGCUGCAGAGCAUUUCUUGGUAGCUUUGAAUCAACAGCAUAAAGCUAAGGACAUCUUUCCAGACUCUUCAACCAGUGAUACAAGUUCCUCUACUAUUUGGACAACAUUUAGGAUGGUCUGUUCAUUUAUGGGAGAACAUGAUGUUGCCAAAUUGGUGGAUGAUAGAAAUCUUGCAGAACUGAAUAAGUUCUUUGAAAUUGAAUAG